AUGAAAAUUACUGAUGAGGGGGAAGUGUCUUACCAUUGUGAUGAGUGCAAGAUGAGGACUCCUGAUUUGUUACAAUUGAUGCGGCAUCUACGUGUAAUUCACCGUCGCGAUAAAGCCCGUCCUCUCAACUGUUCAGAGUGUGAUUAUAAACCUACUGGUAUGUCGGAAUAUGGACGCCAUAUGUACUGUCAUUUUGGUGAAAAACAUAACAAGUGCCAAAUUUGUAAUGCAUCGUUCAAAACACGCAAUCAGCUAGCCAAUCACUCUCUCACACAUACAGACCAAAGGAAUUAUGUAUGUUCAGUAUGUGGGAAAGCAUUCAGGAAGGGGGCUCAUAUGAGAAAUCAUGAAUUAACUCAUGUUACUGACAAUGAGAAAACCUACAAAUGUAAUAUAUGCAGCAAGGCCUAUGCAAGCGAAGCUCAUUUAACCCAGCAUAAACGAGAACAUAACCGUGCCUUCCAUUGUGACAUAUGCGGGAAGAGAUUUGGUAGAUCUGAACACCUGAAGGGGCAUUUAUUGAGACAUAGUGGUAUUAAACCUUUCCAUUGUGAAUUCUGUGGAAAGGGAUAUGCUGAUGUUCGAGAUUACCGUCGUCAUGUUCAGCUUAACCAUACAUCUGGUUCUGACGAUGCACAAUCCUUACAAAGCAAAGUUAGAGGAGCUCAUAGCUGCCCUGAUUGUGGCAAACGAUAUGCUGAUAAACGUACAAUGAAAAAACAUAUUAAGACAAGCCAUAGUCAACCUGCCAUGCCAGAUAUCAAUUUGAAGGCAGAAUCAGCUGCUUUAGAAAAAAUCAAUAUGAAGGGUGAAUCAGUAACUUUAGAGAUGCAAUCUGUUAAUAGCAACAGCUACCCAACUCUUGUCAAUGAACAUAUUGUGCCUAUGACAGUGCCAGAUCCCCGCCAAGGAUAUUUCCAUACUGUGCCAACAAUACAAACCGUACCUCCAAUGACUCUACCAUUGACCCUGGCUGACCAGGGAAUACAAUAUCAGUUUAUAGACCCUACCUCAUUAGGUAUACAAUGUCGAUUCUGUGGGAUAAUGUUCACUAAAGAAGACGACUAUCAUACUCAUUUACAUCAGACACAUUCAUUUGCUCCUACUACUGUAGAUAGAGUUAUCAGCUCUUCAGGGUAUUAA